GCGCGGGCGCGACGGGAGCGGCCUCUCGCGCGUCCUCCCCGGGCCGGCCCCCAGCCCGCCCUCGACCCGCCCGGGCGCGAGUGCGGCGGGUUCCGGGUCCUGUGACCGGCCGGACAAGGCGGCGGAGCGCGGAGGGCGGGCCGGCGGGCCUCGGGGGAGUUUCCGCGGCCGCGUCUGGGCGGCCCCGAGGGCGCGGCGGGGGAGCCGCGCGGAGCCCAGCGCAGCCCGAGCCGCGGCGCCCAUGGCGGGCGGGGGAGCCGGGGACUCCGGGGCGGCCGCCGCCGCCACCGGGGCGCCCGAGACCCGCGAGCACCUCUUUAAGGUGCUGGUCAUCGGCGAGCUCGGCGUGGGCAAGACCAGCAUCAUCAAGCGCUACGUCCACCAGCUCUUCUCCCAGCACUACCGGGCCACCAUCGGCGUGGACUUCGCCCUGAAGGUCCUCAACUGGGACAGCAGGACACUGGUGCGCCUGCAGCUGUGGGACAUCGCGGGGCAGGAGCGGUUUGGCAACAUGACCCGGGUAUAUUACAAGGAAGCUGUUGGUGCUUUUGUAGUCUUUGAUAUAUCCAGAGGCUCCACCUUUGAGGCCGUCUUGAAGUGGAAAAGUGAUCUGGAUAGUAAAGUCCAUCUUCCCAGUGGCAGCCCUAUUCCUGCUGUCCUCUUAGCUAACAAGUGUGACCAGAAGAGGGAUGCUGGCCAGAGUCCUCCCCAGAUGGACCAGUUCUGCAAAGACCAUGGCUUCACUGGCUGGUUUGAAACCUCUGCCAAGGAUAACAUAAACAUAGACGAAGCCGCCCGGUUCCUAGUGGAGAAUAUUCUCAUGAACCACCAAAGCUUUUCUAGUGAAGAAAAUGACGAGGGCAUCAUUAAACUGGAUCCGAAGAGCGUGACCGAAGCACGCAGAUCCCAGUGCUGCUGACCUGGCUUCUGGUUCUCAGGUGCCCGCCUCCGUCCUGAGCACGUGCCCACAAAUGACCAGACCUCUGCACUGUCAACCCACCACGGUGCACUUCACAGUGCAGCUCCACAGGGCCUUUGAAAGUGGAACGGUGGAGAAGUGUCCUUGCUAGUGGCCCUGGAGCUGCAUAGAUGACCCCUACCUAGGCUUUGGUUGUCGUUGCCAACAUCUGCAGAUCCUGUUUACAUCCUUUUAAACUGCUCUGUAAAUGAUUCUAAGUGGUAGCUCUUCCUGUAAGCACUGGGGGUGGUAAUAAAGCUUCCCUGUGGUGUUCCA